CUACUCUAUAUAAAUUGGAUAGGAAUCACAAGAUGAAGCAAACCUAAUCAUACACUUUUAAGCCAUCUCCAAGCCAAUCAAGAAAAAUGGGCUCAGACAGCACUCUUAAUGUCCCAGAAAUUGAUUUAUCAAACCUGAAGCCAGGCACUACAGAGUGGGAAUCUGCAAGAUCACAACUCUGGAAAGCUGUAGAAGAGUAUGGUUGCUUCAGAGCUGUGUUCAAGCAAAUUCCUCAGGAGCUUCCAAAUGCUAUUCUGAGUGAGCUCAAAGAGCUUUUUGACCUUCCUAUAGAAACUAAAAUGCGUAACAAUGAAAUUUCUGAACUAGCGUAUGGUGGGUAUGUGGGGAAAACAGCUUUCGGACCACUGUACGAGAGCAUUGGAUUUGAUGAUCCCUUCAAUUUGGAGAAGGUCGAGAAGUUGAUCAAUGCCCUUCUGCCUCCUGGAAAGCCAGAUUUUUGCAAAAAUGUGCAUGGGUUUACAAAGUUGAUGUCGGAACUGGAGAAUGUAAUUGUGAGAAUGAUUAUGGAGAGCUUGGGCGUUGAGAAGUACUAUGAAGAGCAUUUGAACUCUGUGUUUUAUAGUCUUAGGGUUAACAAAUAUGAAGCACCUGAGAACGAUGAGGGAGAAGUUGGACUCAAGAUUCACAAGGAUCAAGAUGUAAUGACCAUAUUAUAUCAAAAUCAAGUUGACGGGUUAGAGGUCGAAACCAGAGAUGGUAAAUGGGUUGAUGCCAUACCCUCACCGGACAACUUCACCGUCGUCAUCGGAGAAUCUCUUCAUGCAUGGACAAAUGGACUAGCAUACUCUCCAUAUCAUCGAGUAACAAUGAGAGGAAAAACAGACAGAUACUCGACAGGAUUGUUCACAGCAUUUAAAGAGGGUUAUCUAGUGAAGGCUCCGGAAAUGCUAGUGGAUGAAGAACACCCUUUGCUCUAUAAGCCUUUUGAUCACUUUGAGUUUCUGAAAAUGAUCCAAAGAGAUGCUGAGAAGUUUUAUGCAGCUACUGCAAAGCCCUAUAUUCCUUUGAUUGCUUAUUAUGGAGUUGAUGUUUGAGAUAUUGCUCAUUACUCUGUGUAAUUGUUGUCCAAUAAAAUAAAAAUUUGUGUAUUUUAA